AUGUCGAAGAACGGUUUGAUGUCAGUAGUUGGGUGCACCACUUUUCGCAUACGCUGUUUGCAGCGAAAGCACACCCCAGAACGCUUGGGUCUUAGCACUUGGCACAUUGAACCGGGUUGCCAUGGAGAGGCAUCUCCAAUGUUGGCUCAGCAUUGUGGGCUCACUCAGGCCAGACAGCACGCACGAGAUACGAGGUUUUGCCGCUGUCUUUCCUGGUCAUUUAUCUUCUCCGACCCCCUGCUGAUCCACAAUCGGUAG